AGGUGGUGCAGCCUUGGACAAUAUGGCUACUGCUCUGCAGUCCUUGAGAAAAGUUGGGCUGCUUGCGCCACGGAUCUCCCCAAGUCCUUGGGUGGCGAGCCCAGGAUCCACUUGCUGCCGCUGCCCUCUCGGAGCUAAAAGAUACCUACUUACAGAUAGUAUUAUGAAAUUAAAGGAAUUUCAACAUAAGAAGGUGGCUGUUGCAUAUAAUCUUUCUGGCAACAAAGAAACUUAUUUUAGAAACUUGGAAGAGAAAUUGACCCAGAACAAACUCAUCUUGAAGGACGAGCUGAAAACCUUGCUUCAUUUGUGUCAGUCCCAGGAGGACAUGGAGCUGGCUAAAAAUGUCAUUCACAGGUACCAUGCAGAAAAUAGAAAUAUGACUUUGGGGGAAUAUAAAUUUGGACCAAUUUUCAUGAGGCUGUGUUAUGAGAUGGAUCUUGAGGAAUUUGCAGUGGAGCUCAUCAAAGACCAGCAUUUACGAGGUUUCUUUGCAGACCCCACAUCAUUCAAUAUUUUGAUGGAUAUGUUAUUUAUCAAGGAGAAAUACGAAAGUGCAUUGGAAAUAUUGAUAGAGAUGAAAAACCAGGAUGUGAAGUUCGCCCAAGAUACCUAUGUCCUUGCUUUUGCAAUUUGCUACAAGCUGAACAGCCCAGAAUCUUUUAAAAUCUGUACUACAUUAAGAGAAGACGCCCUAGUCAAAGGAGACAUUGUCUCCAGGAGAGCAUCCUGUUUUGCUGUGGCGUUAGCUCUGAAUCAGAGUGAAGUGGCCAAAGCUGCAUCCAUAUUUUCUCAAAUCAUGAAUCCAGAGACCAUAACCUGCACUAAUUUAAAUAUCAUGAUCCAUAUUCAGUCAAAUAUGUUGGAAACCCUAAUAGAGAUACUGCAAGGUGCUGCAGAAGGAAAUUUAUCCAGAUUUGUGAAAAGACAGGAGUUCUCUGAGGAAGUGCUGGCCAGAGUGAGGGAAAAAGUGAAGGAUGUACCCAACCUUGUGGACCGAUUUGAGGACAUCUAUGAGAAACUACAUAUACAUGGCCAUGUGACUUCUUACACUCUUGAUGCUCUGCUCUGCCAUACCCCCAGGGACAAGAAUUCUCAUACUCCACUACUAAACAGGAGGAGGGUCAGCCAGCGUACCCUCCAGCCCCUUAGCCAGCCCCUAUUUGCCGAGUAACACUAUUUUUAACUUUCCUCUGGGUCUGAGGGGCCUGCUUCAAAUGAACAAUUGGCUUCUCUAAGAAAUCAGGCCUCUUACUUCAGUGGAUGUUGUGCUAACACUUGGUCUCCCUGUAUCACAAGUUCACUGAAUGAUGGCAUGCUGAGCAGUGAAGUUUCUUUGUUGUGCUGCUGUGAAGAUCUGGAUCAAGCAAAGAAAGGUCAGCUCCCUCAAAGGCAGUCUUCCCCUGUGUCACUGUUGAGGAAGGAGUAUGAUUUGAGUCUUCAGUGCAGCUUGUAGUACCUGAAUAGAUUCCACUGAGCAAUCAUCAGGAAUGAACUACACCAGAAGUGUGAUCUUCCCUGUUUUUCAAGAGAGUAAUUGGUUUUAAUAAUACCCUUGCUGAUUUUAGGAGCUCCAAAACCCUGUCCUACCAUGUUGGGAAACAGCCAAGGUUUUUCCCACUGCCCUGCCAUCAUUUAAUUCUCUGACCCUACAUAGAACACUUGAGCCCUCAUUUUUCUAUCUGCAAAUAAUAGUGUCUAUGUGUGUUGGCAUAAUGACUUGAAAUCUUCAUCCAAGGUUCAUUUUAUUCAAGUAUUCUCAAAAAUAAGAGAAAUAAAAAGAUACCUGAGCAAACUU